CCAGGCCAGCCGGCGCCAUUUUGAAAGUGGAGUCGCCUGCUCCUGCUGCCGCCGCCGCCGUCGCUGUCGUAGCUGCCGCCGCUGCUGCAGGAGGAAGAGCAAGAACGGGGAAGCCCCUGAGUGAAACCCACCAUCCUGCUGGCUCGUCUGCCCGCCCCUCCUUCCUUCUCCCCCGACCCCCGACCCCGACCCCCACAGGUGCCAUCCGCCGCCAUCCGCCCUCUCUACCCCCCCAUCCCCAGGUGAGGGGGGUGAGUUCAGGAAGCGGAGACCCCGAGGCACCCAGCAGGGUCACCAUUUGCAGCGCAACAUGGCAGGAGCUGGAGGAGGGAAUGAUAUUCAGUGGUGUUUUUCUCAGGUGAAAGGAGCAGUAGAUGAUGAUGUAGCAGAAGCAGAUAUAAUUUCUACAGUAGAAUUUAAUCAUUCUGGAGAAUUACUAGCAACAGGAGAUAAAGGUGGUAGAGUUGUCAUCUUUCAACAGGAGCAGGAGAACAAAAUCCAGUCUCAUAGCAGAGGAGAAUAUAAUGUUUACAGCACCUUUCAGAGCCAUGAACCAGAGUUUGACUACUUGAAAAGUUUAGAAAUAGAAGAAAAGAUCAACAAAAUUAGGUGGUUACCCCAGAAAAAUGCUGCUCAGUUUUUGUUGUCUACCAAUGAUAAAACUAUAAAAUUAUGGAAAAUCAGUGAAAGGGACAAAAGACCAGAAGGGUAUAACUUGAAAGAGGAAGAUGGAAGGUAUAGAGAUCCUACUACAGUCACUACACUACGAGUGCCAGUCUUUAGGCCCAUGGAUUUAAUGGUUGAGGCCAGUCCACGAAGAAUAUUUGCCAAUGCUCAUACAUAUCACAUCAACUCAAUUUCCAUUAAUAGUGAUUAUGAAACAUAUUUAUCUGCAGAUGAUUUGAGGAUUAAUCUUUGGCAUCUGGAAAUUACAGAUAGGAGUUUUAAUAUUGUGGAUAUCAAGCCUGCCAACAUGGAAGAGUUAACAGAGGUGAUUACAGCAGCAGAGUUCCAUCCAAAUAGCUGUAACACGUUUGUAUACAGCAGCAGUAAAGGCACUAUUCGGUUAUGUGACAUGAGGGCAUCUGCCCUCUGUGAUAGGCAUUCUAAACUGUUUGAAGAACCUGAAGAUCCCAGUAAUAGGUCUUUCUUUUCUGAAAUCAUCUCCUCUAUUUCUGAUGUAAAAUUCAGCCAUAGUGGUCGAUAUAUGAUGACUAGAGACUACUUGUCAGUCAAAAUUUGGGACUUAAAUAUGGAAAACAGGCCUGUGGAAACAUAUCAGGUGCAUGAAUACCUCAGAAGUAAACUUUGUUCUCUGUAUGAAAAUGACUGCAUAUUUGACAAAUUUGAAUGUUGUUGGAAUGGUUCUGAUAGUGUUGUCAUGACUGGAUCUUACAAUAAUUUCUUCAGAAUGUUUGACAGGAACACAAAGCGAGACAUAACCCUCGAAGCAUCACGAGAAAACAAUAAACCUCGCACGGUUCUGAAGCCACGCAAAGUCUGUGCAAGUGGCAAGAGAAAGAAGGAUGAAAUAAGUGUUGACAGUCUAGACUUCAACAAGAAAAUACUUCACACAGCCUGGCACCCCAAGGAAAAUAUCAUUGCUGUAGCGACUACAAACAAUCUGUAUAUAUUUCAAGACAAAGUGAAUUAGGGUUGGCAUUCCUAGCAGAAGAGCCCACUUCCUGCUUAGUUGAGAUAGUUGAAUCUAGCAUUUGUACCUAAAAAAGAGAGAGGUCCAUUGUGGCGCCCCCUUCCAGUGUUUGACAAUGUGCCAUUCGACAACACUUUUUAUAGCUACAUGGAGAAAGCUCUGUGGAUUCAUCACUAUGGUGUUCUCCAUGUCUGCUAGCCAUUUAGGUAAGGAUAGGGCACUUUUAAUUUAAAUGACUUCUUGCACCAUCUUGCCUAAUGGACUAGAUUGGACUGUGUCAACAUUGAUUUACUCCACUUUUUAUGCCUUCCAUUGUGAUGAUGUCAAACACAGUGAAAGCCUCAGUCAUGCUUAUGGGAUUUAAUUGUGUAUCCUCAUUACUGUAUCAUUUGUGGGGUACACCCCGCCACCCUUUUUUAAAUUAAAUACAGCUCAUUCUUACUGUGGCUUGUAGCAUUCCUCCUCUUCUGGCCUCCUGGACUCUUCCCUUCAUGUCUCUUACCCUUGCCCCUCCACCCAGUCUUGGUGGUGGUAUAUUAAAAAAAGCAAGAACGAAAGCACACAAAAUGAGUCAGUUUGGGGUCAGUGGUAAAGGGGGGUAUAUAUUGCGAACAAAUGUUUUAACAGUUGGCUGUAAUCACUCCUUGCCGUGUCUGGCACUGAAAAUAAGGGGAAAAAAAUACUACUACUGAAUAAAAGUGACAAAGAAUGGUGAA